AUGCAUAUUCAGCACAAAUAUCAUAAUCAUUUUUCUGAUAUUAUUUGGAAUAAUAUCAAUCAUUUGGAUGUACAUCAAAAUUUAUCUACUAAUGUUAUAAGUCGUUCUCGUACAGCUAUUUCACGACGCAAAAAAAAAAGAAAUUUAAAAUUAAAAUGUAUUCAACAAACAUUUACAUUAAAUCAUGAAAUUUCUGAAUUAAUUCGAAUGUGA